CCGCCGCAUGCGGCCGCCGCCACCGCCAGCGACUCCCACAGUGUCCCUUCCCUCCGUCCCUCGUCGCCUCCGCGGCGUCCGCGCCCGACCAGCCUGGAAGUCCGAUAAACUGGUUUUCCGGGGGGCCGAGCCGAAAAAGGACAGCCACCGACCGCUCGCUUUCCCGCACCUCCCCCACCUCUCGCCCCCUCCCUCCCUCCCUCCCUCCAGUUGCAGGAUCGGCAUCGAUGCGAUUCGACCGCGGCCGCGCAUCCGGUGCGGAGGUCUGCAAUUGGGGGGGUGGAGGCUCCGCUCCGCCGCCGGAACCGCAGCGCGUUUGAUUUCCUGCCGGCUCUUAAUCCCGCGGGCACGUUCUCCGCAUUUCGUCAGCGGCCCUGGCUCCACCGCCGGGAAAUGUUGCUGUGCUUGUUGGCAUUGGUGAUACACAUGCAAGCUAAUUUCGGGAUAUCUGUGGUUUUCAGGGAGCGAUUUGUAUCUCUCGGCAUUCCUGUUUGAUGGCAGACGGUAGUGCUGCUUCUCUGAGGAGUCAUUGUGGCAAUAGGCAGCUGCGUUGAACAGCAAUCCAUUCGCGGGAGGAAUUAGAACAAAUCAACGGGGACACAGAUCAUGGAGCAUGUGAUUGGAGGGAAGUACAAGCUUGGGAGGAAGAUUGGGAGUGGAUCCUUCGGGGAGCUGUAUCUCGGUGUUAAUAUACAGAACGGAGAGGAAGUGGGAAUAAAAUUGGAACCUGUGAAAACAAAACACCCACAGCUGCAUUAUGAAUCUAAAGUGUAUAUGCUAUUUCAGGGUGGAAAUGGUAUCCCACACCUGAAGUGGUAUGGUGUCGAGGGGGAAUACAACGUUAUGGUCAUCGAUCUUCUUGGCCCAAGCUUGGAAGACUUGUUUAACUGCUGCAACCGGAAACUUUCAAUGAAAACAGUGCUUAUGCUUGCUGAUCAACUGAUAAAUCGAGUGGAAUACAUGCAUUCCAAGGGAUUUAUUCACCGUGACAUCAAACCAGACAACUUCCUUAUGGGCUUAGGCCGGAAAGCUAAUCAGGUCUAUAUAAUUGAUUAUGGGCUUGCUAAAAAAUACAAGGACCUUCAGACUCAUAAACAUAUCCCUUACAGGGAGAACAAAAAUCUGACUGGAACAGCACGUUAUGCCAGUGUGAAUACUCAUCUUGGAAUAGAACAAAGCAGAAGAGAUGAUCUGGAGUCUGUUGGCUAUCUUCUGCUAUAUUUUUUAAGAGGAAGCCUCCCAUGGCAGGGUCUUAAAGCUGGAACUAAGAAACAAAAGUAUGACAAAAUUAGUGAAAAGAAAAUGCUCACCUCACCAGAGGUUUUGUGCAAAUCUUACCCACCGGAGUUCAUCUCAUAUUUCCACUAUUGUCGCUCCCUGCGAUUUGAAGACAGGCCAGAUUACUCUUUUCUGAAGAAGCUUUUUCGUGAUAUAUUUAUCCGCGAAGGAUACCAAUUCGAUUAUGUAUUUGACUGGACUGCACUCAAGUACCCUCAAAUGAGUUCUAACAAUAAGCUUGUUCAACAACCUAGUGCAAGAAUAACUGGAGCUGGACCAUCUGGUGAGAGAACAGACAAACCAUCAAUGGGACAAGAGAUACGGGAUAGAUUCACUGGUGCUGUUGAGGCAUUUGCCAGAAGAAAUCCAGGCUCUGGUCGCCAUGGAGAACAUUCCAGGCACAAAAGCCAUGCAGAUUCCUUUGGAACAUCUAACGAAGCAUACCAGGUUGCCGACACGGAGAAACCACGCAUCCUGUCCCGGGGCGGGAGCUCGUCGAAAAUGCCUGCGGGUCCGUCCAGCCGGCCAACUUCUUCUGGGGACUGCAGCGGGGACCAGAACCGCCGGUGGGUCUCGGGCAGCAGCGGCGGCAGCGGGCGCCCGUCCACCACGCAGAGGCUUCACCCCUCGGGAGGCGCCGAGAACAGCAGGUCAUCCCCGCGCUCCCCCGUGUCCCGGAACGCGGCGCCGGGGAGAGGAGGCUCCGGCUCGCGGGACAACACGACGUUCCGGAGCUUGGAGCGCCUCUCCAUCAGCACGAGCCGGAGGAAGUGAGCCGCCGAUCAUCCAUCGACAGGUUCUCAAAGUGGAAGGCGGUUUCUUUCGUUCUUGGCACGGUGGGUGAACCGCCCCGGUUGGGAUCGUUGCUCGUUGCAGCUGAAACGAAUCGGCAAAUGGAUGUGAGAAGCUGCAGCAAAAUACUAGCCUCCCUGGAAGAACGGUGCCUGGAGCCAUGAUGACCUCGUUCCAAGGCUGUCGUGCACGCAUAUGCUCUCUCCAAACCCCCAACGUAUGUGUACCAUCCUAGGAGAAAAGGAAAAACAACUCCAAAGUAUAAUGCAAUCCCGUUUGACAGCAAAGCUUCACACUGUUGUUCACUUCAGAUUCUGCCGUUUGGGGGACAAUUUUCUGAUGUGCUGACAAGAAUCAAGUCUAUACUAUAACCAUACAAGCAUCUCAGUUAAUUUCGUGAAGUUUUUCAUGAAUUA